GGACAUUUUAUUUCAUGAUGAUAAUUAAAUAAAGCGUGUAUCAGGAUAUAAAACAGAGAACAGAGUGAAAACGCGUUAUUAUCAGUAUCUUCUCGUCUUAUGAGAUCUAGACUUAUUCUUCAAUCUACAAACAAUGGGUUGCGCAACAGGAAAAUAUCAGAUAAGGCCUCAGGAUAACAUAUCUCAUCUCAGAAUAAGCAUCAAAACAACAACUUCAAUAGAAAGUGUGUAUAGUCCGGCCAAGUUAUUGUCAGAGUUGAUCCAUCCAAGGACUAUGUUCUCACACCCGGACUUUACUCAUGAGCCAGCAUGGGACGGGAAAACAUGCAAUAUGUAUAGUCGACUGAGUCCACGACAAGAUGUCCCAUUUUGGCGACCACCGAGGAUGAGUCAAGAUAUUGAAUUUUUUCCUAGGAGUAAUCGCCAUCCACAAACUGCAUACAACAUCCAAGCUCAAAAACAAUCUACUGCUUAUUCUCCAAGAACUGGACUGCAAAAGCGACCACCGAGGAUGAGUCAAGAUAUUGAAAUUUUUCCUAGUAGUAAACGCCAUCCACAAACUGCAUACAACAUCCAAGCUCAAAAACAAUCUACUGCUUAUUCUCCAAGAACUGGACUGCAAAAGCAUACCCCAUUGAGGAGGGCUCCUAAAUGCCAGAUUAAUACAGUAUACCACUUGCAAAAUCCGACAUCACAGAUUUUAAUGAUGAAUCACACGAUAGCUUCAACCAGGACUCGCAGGACCGCAAUGCAUAGUGUUUCUAACAACUUUUCUUUACCAAGUGUAGAAAUAAAUGAAAGCCUUCAACAAAUAUCUACAAACUCUUAGCCAGGAUACCCAAAA